ACUUUGCAUCGAAAUUUAUGAUACAGAAACCCAUCUUUAAAAAAUAUAUUAUAAAUUUAAGUUAAACCACACAUAUACUUACAUCUGUAUCUACACAUUCCGGCGAAUCCUAGCUGCACUUUUAGUCACUCGCCGGCGACGAAAAAUGAAAGGGCUUUUCAAGUCUAAACCCAAAACCCCGGUCGAUAUAGUUCGGCAGACUCGCGAUCUACUCAUCUUCGUUGAUCGCUCGGCUUCCGAGGUUCGCGAGACCAAGCGCGACGAAAAGAUGAUGGAAUUAAGUAAACUUCUUCGAGAGUUGAAAGUGAUUCUUUAUGGGAAUAGUGAAGCUGAGCCUGUCUCUGAGGCUUGUGCACAGUUGACUCAAGAAUUUUUCAGGGAGGACACACUUCGUUUGUUGAUCAAAUGUCUUCCAAAGUUAAAUCUUGAGGCUCGUAAAGAUGCCACCCAGGUUGUUGCAAAUCUGCAAAGGCAACAAGUUCAAUCAAGGCUAAUUGCUUGUGAUUAUUUGGAAGCAAAUUUCGAUCUAAUGGAUAUACUAAUAUCAGGUUAUGAAAACUUUGAUAUUGCUUUACACUACGGUGCAAUGCUAAGGGAAUGCAUACGCCAUCAGGCUGUUGCAAGGUAUGUCUUGGAAUCACAGCAUAUGAAGAAGUUUUUUGACUUUAUACAACUGCCAAAUUUUGAUAUUGCUGCUGAUGCUGCUGCAACUUUUAAGGAGCUUUGUACGAGGCACAAAUCAACAGUAGCUGAAUUCCUUUCUAAGAACUAUGACUGGUUCUUUGCAGAGUACAAUUCGAAGCUGCUAGAAUCUCCCAAUUACAUUACCAGACGUCAAGCUAUCAAGCUGUUGGGUGACAUGUUAUUGGAUCGCUCAAAUUCCGCUGUUAUGACGAAAUAUGUGAGUUCGAAGGACAAUCUGAGGAUUCUGAUGAACCUGCUCAGGGAAUCAAGCAAGAGCAUCCAGAUAGAAGCAUUUCAUGUUUUUAAGCUAUUUGCUGCUAAUCAGAAUAAGCCCCCAGACAUCGUCAGUAUACUCAUUGCAAACAGAAGCAAGCUUCUGCGACUCUUUGCCGAUUUUAAGCUGGAUAAAGAGGAUGAACAGUUUGAGGCAGACAAAGCUCAAGUUGUGAGGGAAAUUGCUAGUCUUGAAUCCAGGGGAUGAUCUGGCCCCUCACCCCUGUGUCGAUCCUUCCAGCCACUGUAUGGCAGUGUUGUAUAUGCAAAUUAGUGUAAAAUACUUCCCGGCUAUCAACAGUUUGCAGUCUUGGUCCAAGAUCUCCGUGGACCAUUUGAUUUCAUUUCAGCUCCAACCAGCUGUACAAAAUACAAUAUAUUCAUGUAUUUAUUCUUGAUUUCACUAUGCAUUUCGGACUGGAGUUCGCUGUGAUAAAAUAUUGGAAAACUAUGUUGAUCAGAGAUAAAUAUGAGCCUAGUUGAAGCCAUCUCUGUACAUGGCAUAUGUAAUUUAUUAUGUAAUUUUGGUCACAAUUAAUUAUAAAGUCUUUAUGUGUUCUUGUAA